AUGUCUAGAUUUUCCUCACAAGCACUGGAUUACUGCCAUUCACAAGGCAUGGUUCAUAGAGAUGUGAAACCUCAAAAUGAGAUGAUUGAUCAUCAGGUCCAAAAACUACGCUUGAUUGACUGGGGACUCGCAGAGUUUUACCAUCCCGGAAAAGAGUACAAUGCGAGAGGUCCAAAACUCCUUGUUGAUUUACAAGACUCUGACUAUUCUCUGGGCAUGUGGAGCCUGGGCUGUUUGCUUGCAACGAUGGUGAAAAUUCUGGUGGAUCUGCCUGUUCCUUAUAUUAUAUCGCGAAAGGAGUCAUUCUGCUGCGGCCGUGACAAUUAUGACGAGCUCGUCAGAAUUGGGGGGUUCUUCUGCUGGUACAGCAGAAAGCCACGGUCUCAGUUCAUCACUUCAGAAAACAGGCAUCUAGUUUCCCCACAGGCCAUUGAUUUUCUUGAUAAGCUUCUUCGUUAG